AUAAAAGUUAUAUUUUAGUAUUGGUUUUGGUAUUCUAGUGUAUAGUGCUGCAGGGUUUAUAUUCUUCUCUUUUAUCGCCCCUGGGUUACAGGAUGUCGUCCUGAAGUUUGGGGUACCUGUAUACAUUACCUGGCUUACCACUACGGUUUGGCGAGCUGGAAGUGUCGGUGAUGGUUAUAUUCUCUCUGGAUCUCUGUUGUUUAUGCUGAGUGAUUGCUGUAUAGGAAUAAAUUCAUUCUACAAUCCCAUCCCAUAUUCGCAGGUUGUUAUUAUGUCGACCUAUCAGAUUGGACAGUAUCUGAUCAGCAUGUCAGGGUUCUUACCUCAAAACAAAGGAGACAUGAAGAACAAGAAGGAUUAGAGCAACAAGAAAAAGAAUGAAUGGUGUAUCCAAAUGAUAGAUUUAUUUUGUAAUGUUUUAUUUGAUACAUCUGAAAUUUCAUUAUUAAUUGUUCUAGAACUAUCAAAAUAUAGUUUUAAUUUUAUUUUUUAACUUUUAAUGCAAUUUUUCAGAUAAAUGUGAUGCACCCUGAAACCCUAGAACGAGGGGGUAAACGAUCAAACUCCGAGACCGAACCAGAUACUGUUCUGAAAAAGAUAAAACAGUGUGGUGAAGAAGAAUCCGAGAUGGAUAAAUCCAUCAAUAACUCCUACACGGCCCAGCUGGCUCUUAGAAUUAAGGUGUACCUGGAGGAUAACAAGACCAAGAAGUUCAUCGAUGUAGAGGGGAUGACCCAGACACUGUACGAUACAUACCCAGAGUACAGGAGGAAGAAGUACAAGGUGUUUAAAGGGAACAUAGAGAAAACAUUUUCCAACCUGAAAUUCGAAUUAAAGAAAAUCAGCAGUGCCAGAAAGAAGGAAAAGUCGAAAGAAACUGAAAUAAGGACCCCUGAUGAGAAAACAGUAAAGAAGACUGCAAAUUCCCGGCUAGCGGAUCUGUAUACUAAACCACCAACUUCUUCAAGUCAGGCAGAAGAAACACUAGACCCUGACGAUCUGGAGAUCAUUCCUGUAGAAAAGGAAAAGAAGGAGGUGGUGUUAAUUGCCUUAGAGGAUGAAGAUGAAGAUAAUAGUGAUGAGAUUCUGAAAGAAGGAACCCAGGAAGCUGGAGUAAAGUCUGAAAAAGAGAAUGAAAAAUGUUUGGAAAAAGAAACAGAGAAAGAAUUGGAUGCAAGUUUGAUGGAGGGAAAUGAAAAUCAUGAAAACAUCUAUCCGAAACCCGAUGGUGAUACAAUUAUGAAGAUUCAAGAAUCCCGGUGCGAUGAAUUAAAUGCCGUGAAGGAGACCGGAAAGGAAAAUGAUGAAAUGAAUGCUAGAAGUGUAGAAAAGGAAAGUGAAACAAAGGAAAACGGGAAACAAAUUGAAGAAAUGGAAGAAGAAAGUGAAUUUGAACGAAUAAAGAAUAACGCUAAAAAAGUUAAAGAAAAAAUCGGAAGCGAGAAGAAGAAAACUCGGCCCUCGAAAUCCCUCUCCAAAUAUUUAGAUUCGAGGAAAACGAGCGAAGAUAGUUUACUUCGAAAAAAUGAGAAUCUUAAUCAGAGCAAUAAUUGUGCUUCUGAUUUAGAUUCAACACUGAACACAUCUGUUUUCAGCACCCCUAGACUUCAAGUUUUUGAUCCUCUCAUGAGUGAAUCUCCCAUGUCGAGUCCGAGCAGGGUUGUUAAGAAGUCUGUCUCGACCCUAGCUAAACCGGUUGAAAUCUCCGCCAAGAUUAAGCAGAGCUUAAAGAAACAAAUAAUAGAUGAAAUCGUGAUUGAUUCGGAUGACAUGGUCAAAACGCCCAAAAAAUCUGGAAAAAGGACCGCAGGUGAUGGUAAGGAGGUCUCUACGAAGAAGCGACGAAAUGAAGUUGCGAUAACACAAUCUUCCACGAAAUUCGCGGAUUUUGGCGGCAACGAUACCCUACUCUGUGAUAUUUGCAAGCUUUUAGCCCAUCUCAAACAUCCUGAAAUGUACCGUGAGCUUGGUGUGAGCCCUCCUCGUGGUUUUCUUCUCCACGGUCCACCAGGUUGCGGGAAAACAUUACUUGCACAUGCUAUAGCAGGAGAACUAGAUCUUCCUUUUAUCAAGGUUUCUGCUCCUCAGCUUGUCUCCGGUGUGUCCGGAGACUCAGAGAGUAAGAUCCGAGAUCUGUUCAAACAAGCAGAGGAGUCGGCUCCCUGUGUUCUUUUCAUAGAUGAAAUAGAUUCAAUCACACCUAAGAGGGAGAAUGCGCAAAGGGAGAUGGAGAGAAGAAUAGUUGCCCAGCUUCUAACCUGUCUAGAUGAACUAGGACAAGCAGAUCAUCAGGUUCUGGUAAUCGGAGCAACUAACCGUCCUGAUUCUCUUGAUCCUGCUCUACGACGGGCGGGACGGUUUGACCGGGAGAUAGGACUGGGCAUACCUGACCGGGCAGCAAGAUUUAAGAUUCUUAAUGUUCUCUGCAGAACUUUACGACUUUGCCCGGAAGUAUCUCUUCUGGAAAUUGCUAGUCUAACUCCAGGUUAUGUUGGAGCCGAUUUAAAUUCCUUAGUUCGUGAAUCCGCUAUAGCAGCUGUAAAUAGAAUGUUCUCUAGUCUCCAGGGUUCAACUACACCAGACCUUAAUCAGCUAUUAGAAUGGUUGCACGAUACACCGCCAUUGGCCCAGGAUCAACUUGAACAAUUGAAGAUUACACAACCGGACUGGGAGACAGCUCUGAAAGUAGUUCAGCCUAGUGCUAAGAGAGAAGGGUUUGCAACAGUACCUGGAGUAUCCUGGAAGGAUGUAGGAGCUCUGGCAGAUAUAAGAGAUGAACUCCAACUAUCAAUCCUGGCCCCUGUCAGAUAUCAAGAUGAGUUUGAAAGUCUAGGAUUACCAGCCUCUAGUGGAGUACUACUAGUCGGGCCUCCAGGCUGUGGUAAAACCUUAGUUGCGAAGGCAAUAGCUAACGAAGCAGGGAUAAAUUUUAUAUCCGUUAAAGGUCCCGAACUUUUGAAUAUGUAUGUUGGAGAGAGUGAGCGCGCUGUUCGUUCAUGCUUCCAGCGCGCGCGGAACUCAUCACCAUGUGUCAUUUUCUUUGACGAGCUUGACUCUCUCUGUCCUCGCAGGGGUGGAGGAGGUAGUGAUCGUGAUGGUGGAUCCUCUAGUCGAGUAGUUAACCAGCUUCUCACAGAGAUGGACGGGGUCCAGGUCAGGACAGGGGUCUUUCUCAUGGCAGCAACCAACAGACCGGAUAUACUAGAUCCUGCUGUGUUAAGACCUGGAAGGUUGGACAAGGUUCUCUAUGUCGGGUUCCCGGGUCCACAGGAUAGAGUUGAAAUAUUAAAUGCUCUCACUAAAAAUGGAACUAAACCAAAACUAGGUCCAGAUGUUGACCUGCAAGAGAUAGGGUCAGAUCCUCGAUGUGACGGGUAUUCUGGUGCCGAUAUGUCGGCUCUUGUCCGUGAAGCGAGCAUGUCCGCGCUUAAGGAAGCGCUCAAGAGCAGUGUCAAGACGCCGAUAUCCGUUUGCCGAACCCACUUCGAUCGUGCAUUUUACAAUUUGAAACCUAGUGUGGGGGAAAAGGAUCAAAUCAAAUAUCGAGCAAUGCAGAAGAAAUUUUGCCAUAAACUUGGAUUUCAGUCAGAACCUACUCCAGAAAUUGAUCUAACUCCUUCGAACACUUUUGCCGAGCUAGAGAUACCUGUUCUUCAAGCUGUAGCCCAGGGAGGUGACGUUAUUGUUGAAGAGAGAAAAGGUGAAAAACUCUGCACUAUCAAAGAACAGGAUAUUACAGCAAUGAUUAUGGAUGACGCUUGUAACACAGGAUUGAAUUUAUUUUCCAUAAAUAAUUCCUGUAAGGGUCAAAUUAACCAUGUUGAACCUAAUACCAAUCAAACAACCUGUGAAGAUGACGUAGAAAUGCUUGAUGAUGGUCUGGAGAUGAUAGUUGAUGAAAUGCUUGAGGAUCAAGGAGUAAAUAAAGCUCUGGAUAAACUUCAAACUUCUGAUGAUUUGCUUGCCACGGAAAAAAUCAACAUAGAUUCUGGUAUUAUUGAUGAAUCAGAAAAGACCAUUUUUCCUACAAAAGAAGUCUCUGAUUCAAGCAUUACAAUUUUAGAAGAGCUAACAGAUACUUCUGAUUCCAUCAUUGUCAAGGAACACGAAAGAGAAAUUGACGUGAAUGGCAUUCAGGAAUUAAAUGAAAAUCGCAAUUUGGAACAAUCCAAUGAAAGAGGGGAAGAUCAAAUUCAUGAAACACGUCAACAAUUGGACAUUAAUGAAACAAUGGGAUCUGUAGUAAAAGAGACCAAAGAGAUCAAAGAGAUCAGUACAUCUGAAGUUAAUGAAUUACAAGAAUCAGGGGCUGAAAUAAACAAUGAAUUAGGAAAUAAAGAUAUCAAGGACUUAGUUAAUGACACGAGUCAAAAUCCUAAAGAUGUCGGUCUCAAUGCUUUAAGCAGUCAAGAUUCUGAGGAUGUAACCGAGAGUCUAAUUUCGGAAGCAUUCAUAGAAAAUAGCAAAGAGACGGAUUCAACAGAAAUAUCUGAAAAUCCUAAACCUUCUGAGAAUUUAGAGAUUUCAGAAGAGUCUGCUAAAAAUGCAGACGAUUUUAAAGAAUCGAAAAACCAGAAUUCUGAAGAAAUGUCUGAACCCCAAAUACCUGAGGAAACGGCAGAAGGAAUCGACCCCAAAGAAUCCGCCAAAACUAAUGAAAAUAGAAAAUCCGCGGAAAUUGAACGGCGAGAUUCAGAGGACGGCCCUGGGAAAGUCAAGACCGACGGAUGUACACUUCGUUAUUUGCCCCAGAUGAUGAUAAGGGUUGUUGAUACCAGCAAAGUUCCAAGUGCAGCGGGGAAAAAUGGAAUUAUAAAAAAUCUAAGAAAAAAUAACAAGGCGGCUACCGUGAAGCUUGAAGGAAGUGGAUUAAGUCAGAGGAUUGUUGAUGUAGCUGAGCUGGAACCCUUUAUGCCGGAGGAAGGGGAUAUGGUCAAACUUCUGGUUCCAGGAGAGGUAGAGGAGCCAGGACAGGUUAUUUCCUUGGAUCGGAACGAUAUUGCUGAAGUGAAGUUUUCUGACUCUAGUAUUCAAACCUUUGAGAUAGAUUCUCUUUGCAAAAUAUCAGAAGAUCCUCUGGACUAAAAUUUAUUUUUUAUUUUUAUUUUUAUCGCCGAUUUGCUUAGAUUUUGCACACAGUGUUGUUUAAAAUUUUUGUUUCAGAAA